ACGGGACUCCAGCUCGCCCCCGUUUCGUCUGCGCCCCGCCGCUCGAUUUGCGCUUGCCUGCAACGCCACGCCACGCCCACGGGGUAGGUUGGUUGCUUCCCUCGCGCAAUGCGGGCAGUUUGAUCUCAGCCGGAGACCCGUUUAAUCCCCCACCAUAUCCCCUACAUCCGGGCGCGCGCUUCUCUCGGCGAGGGUUUUGUCUCUGCCGUUUCCAGAGGAGCGAGAGGGGGGGUUUUGUCAGGCGGCCAUGGGCGCGUUCGGCUCCAAGGAGUGCUCGUCGGGGCGGGAGCACCACCACUGCAGCCAUGACCACGGCAAGAGCGCCGCGGCGGGAGGGAAAAACCGCUUCGCCAAGUUCGGCGACGACUACCACACCCUGGAGCAGGUGACUGAUGCUCUUUCACAUGCUGGACUGGAGUCCUCAAAUCUAAUUGUUGGGAUUGAUUUCACAAAGAGCAACGAAUGGACAGGUAGAGUGUCCUUCAACAACCGGAGCUUGCACGCAAUAGGGAAUACUCCAAACCCAUAUGAGCAGGCUAUAUCCAUUAUCGGGAGAACCCUCGCACGAUUCGACGAGGACAAUCUGAUACCAUGCUUUGGAUUCGGUGAUGCUACUACUCAUGAUCAAAAGGUAUUUAGCUUCUAUCCUGAGAACCAACCGUGUGAUGGCUUUGAGCAAGCACUUGGUCGAUACAGAGAAAUUGUUCCACAGCUUCGUUUGGCUGGUCCCACUUCAUUUGCACCUAUGAUUGAGACUGCUAUUGGAAUUGUUGAUAGUAGUGGUGGCCAGUACCAUGUUCUGCUCAUAAUAGCAGAUGGACAGGUUACACGCAGUGUUGACACUGGUAAUGGCCAGUUGAGCCCACAAGAAAGGGAAACUAUAGAUGCCAUUGUGAAAGCAAGUGACUACCCUUUGUCAAUUGUGCUUGUUGGAGUCGGUGAUGGGCCCUGGGAUAUGAUGAGGCAAUUUGAUGACAACAUACCGGCUCGUGCAUUUGAUAAUUUCCAGUUUGUGAACUUCACAGAGAUCAUGUCAAGACCUAUUCCUACUAGCAAAAAGGAGGCAGAAUUUGCUCUUUCAGCACUCAUGGAGAUCCCAGCUCAGUUCAAGGCAACAAUGAACCUCCAGCUUCUUGGCAAACAGAGAGGAUUUCCGCACCGAUCAGUGUUACCUCCACCUGUGAGUGUAUGUCAACAACCCUCUGGAUGUUCAGCAGUCAAGCAAACUCAAUCGACUGGCACCAGCUAUGGGUCGCCACAGAAGAAUGCAUCGGCACCUCGACAGGACAGUGAUGUGGGUGAUCAGCAGACUUGUCCAAUCUGCUGGUCUGAAGCAAAGAACCUGGCUUUUGGAUGUGGGCACCAGACAUGCGCCGACUGCGGGAAAGAUCUGAAGGUUUGCCCCCUUUGCCAGAGGGCGAUCUCCACAAGGAUUAGGCUCUACUGAAGGUCUUGAUCGGGAAGCAAGCUAUAUACUUUGUGCACACUUAGCUUUCGAGAAAAGAACAUCGAUCUUGCUAAGAAGGAAAGUGUAAAUACAUGGCCCCUUGGUAUUGAUGUAGUUCCAUCAUUGAAACCUAAUACAAGUGUUACUAAUGGCUGGUACCGAAUGCAUUUGGCUGUCAA